AUGCCUUCACGCACAUCACUCCUCGCCCUCGCCGCCGCCGCCGCGCUGACUCCCCUCGCCGCCGCCGUCGACCUCAACGACCCUCUCGACGGCUGCCCCUCCGCCGUGCGCUCCCUCGCCGCCGGCCAGCCCAUCUUCAACUCGACCGGCGAGGCCCGCCUCCCCGUCACCACCGCCUCCGACCCGUGGUACCUGGCGCUGGGCUUCCGCGACGAGCGCGAGAAGAACGCCAUCUACGGCCUGGAGCUGACCCGCCAGUCGCUCGACGUCAUCGUCAGCGUGCCCGAGACCUUCCCCGGCAGCGCCGCCGGCCGCCAGACCAGCCUGUGCGUGUACCGCCUGCGGCAGCAAAACGCCACCGCCGACGAGCAGGCCUCGUGCGAUGGCGUCCUGAGCGAUGCCUGUGUCAAGGCCCUGGAGAGCGUGCAGGCGCCGGCAGCAGGCGACGGGAGCUGUCCCGUGCCGGACGUGUCCGCGGCCUGCGGCGACGGCGCCGAGAUUGUCGCAUCCACCGCAACGCCCCUCCUCUUCAACGGCACGCUGUGCUCGACCAACGCCACCAUCCCCGACUCCGAGGCCAUCCCGGACGGCUACCGGAGCUACGUCACCUUUGCCUCGGGCCAGCUGCGCGACAGCGACGACAGCCGCGCCUCCUUCGCCGCCUACGCGGAGCACAUCCAGCGGCCGGCGCCGAUCCUGGUCACCGCCAGGCUCGGCGGCAACUCCACGACGGGCGGCGGCGGCGGCGCGCAGUCCAAGCUGCUGUGCCUGGCGCCGAGCAAGGUGACCAAGGGCAGCCGCGGCGCCGUCGUCAACGCCAGCAGCGGCGCCACGGCGGCAGCACUGCUCGGCGCGGCCAAGCCGGUGCUGCUCGUCAGCCUGCUGUCGAGCGUCCUGGCAGUAGCGCUGUAA